AUGCGAGACUCUGAUGACAAGCUCGCGGGUAUGGACGGUAUGGAGCUUCGUGGAUGGACCCAACAGAAUCCUACAGUGCCUAGCCGCGACCUCACAGAUCCAGUCGGGCAGACCAUUCUUGCUGUUUUCAACAAAGAAUUUGAUGCGCUUCAGAAUUACUGCGAAAUGAUGAUCAAGCAACUCGGAGGAACCGAGGAAGCUCGCGAGACUGUCAGACAAGAUGUAUAUUCGAAAAAAUGGGGUCCCACCAAAACGCCCAUCUACUCAGUCCUAUUGCCAGCGCUACAUAUGCUCCCCAACAACAAGCAAGAUCUUUUAGGCGUUGUCAGAUAUCUAGUCAACGAUCUCAAAGUACCAGUCGACGGAAGAGAUGUCGUAGGCAGCACAGCACUCUUCUGGGCAAUCUCAACCAAACCCUACGUACAACCAGAAUUCGCCCAAAUUCUCUUCGAUGCCGGAGCUUCUGUCAACACUAAGAACCGUUUUGAUGCCACCCCGGGCGCCGAAAUCGCUCAAGCCGACAUUCACGGCGACACGACCAAGAACGUGCAGAUGAUGAAGUGGUACAUUGAGCAUGGCGGAGACGUCGUUGCUAAAGACACAGAUGGAAUGAAUAUCAAGACCAUAGUCGAAAUGAUGGGUCAAAAGGUGCCGGCUAUGACUGAGGUUCUGAAGAGCGGACAUGGCCCAAGGAAAGAGGGAGAUUGCACUAAUUGCGAGAUGCGAUUGAAUCCGAAUGGGGACGCAUCGACCUUCCCUAAACGUUCGGCCUUGCCACACAUUGCUGGCACACCAAAGGACAAUGCUUGGUUUUGGGGCGGCAACGACGAACUCGGUCGAUUAAACCUCCUCACCCCACAGCGAAUAGCAAAAACCACACAAGAAAAUGUCAAAACGGGAGAAUCAGUAUCACUGGACUUGCCAUUGAACGUUCCCGGCCCAGCCUUCUUUGGACGAAAAGGAUUGAAACAUCGCAUCAAGAACAUAGCCCCCGGCGCUUUCGAUGAUGAACUAGCAUUCAACACGCAGAGCAGUAGCCAGUGGGAUGGCUUCCGCCAUUUCGCGCAUCCAACAUAUAACUGCCAUUACAACGGCGUUAUCUCUGACGAAAUAAUGGCCGAUUUAGACGGCGAUAGAGAAGAUGGCGAAGAAGCACCUGAGCGCUCAAGAAAGCUCGGCAUCGAUGCCUGGGCUAAGAAAGGCAUUAUAGGCCGCGGUAUCCUCCUCGACGUAUACUCUUGGGUCCAGAAGUCGGGCAAAGCAUAUGAUCCUUUCACCAAACACUCCAUAACAGCCGAUGAUCUUCGUGAAUGUGCAGAGUCACAAGGCACGUCGUUUCAAACCGGUGACAUACUCCUAAUACGCACUGGAUGGCUUUCAACAUACAAUGCCCUCUCUAUCGCCCAGAAAUCUGAGCGCAGCACCAUGCCACUAGAUCAACACUUUUACGCUGGUCUCGAUGCCACAGAUCCCAUGAAAGAUUUCUUAUAUGACAACUACUUUGCGGCUGCUGCGACAGAUAACGCCAAUUUUGAGGUUUGGCCGCCGGAAAGCUGGGAGGGGAGUCUACAUGCAAGUAUGCUUAGCAUGUGGGGCAUGCCGAUCGGAGAGCUUUGGAAUUUCGAAACGCUGGCGGAGAUGUGCUGGGAGAAGGGGAGGUGGGAGUUUUUGGUUGUCAGUAAACCGGUUGACGUACCUGGGGGUGUUGGGAGCUUGCCGAAUGCGGUUGCGAUAUUCUGA